CAAGCAGAGGACAGAAUCUUGCCACAGUCCCCCCCUGGAUCAAAUGUCACAAGCAACAGGAGGCCGGUAUAUAAGCUGAGGCUUUCUGCUGGGCUGCUAGAUUAGUAUAAGCUCAACCAAGGACUAGAAGCAACAAGGAGCUUCAAGGAGCAAAGCAGCGUCAAAAAGAGACGGACUAGGAUACGUCCACUUUCAAGGAAAGCCAUGGACAUCCAGACGGGACAGAUAGUGAGUACCCCGAGUACUCUAGAGAGCCUGGAGAAGCAGCUAAGCUGCCCCAUCUGCCUGGACAUGUUCACCAAGCCCGUGGUGAUCCUGCCCUGCCAGCACAACCUUUGCCGCAGUUGCGCCAAUGACCUCUAUGACUCCCGCAACCCCUAUCACUUCUCAGGAGGCAUCUUUCGAUGCCCGACCUGCCGAUUCGAGGUGGUGCUGGACCGCCACGGCGUCUACGGGCUGCAGAGGAAUCUCCUCGUGGAGAACAUCAUCGAUAUCUACAAGCAACAGCUCGAAAACGUCAGCAGCGAAGGCGGUCUAGAGCUGCCGCUGAAAACCAAAGACACCAAAGAGCUGAUGUGCCAGGAGCACGAGGACGAGCGCAUCAACAUCUACUGCGUCACCUGCCAGGUGCCCACCUGCUCCAUGUGCAAGGUGUUCGGCCAGCACAAGGACUGCGAAGUGUCCCCGCUGAAGAGCGUCUACGAAGUGCAGAAGUCUGAACUCAAAAACUCCAUCGACCUCCUCGCAGCGAGCAACAGCUGCCUGCAAGCCAUGCUAGCCCAGAUGGAUGAUAGCUGCAAGGCGGUAGAAGAAAACAGUCAGGUGCAGAAGCAGAGGCUUGGCGAGAAGUUCGACCUUCUCUACGCCAUCCUGGAAGAGCGAAAAGCUCAACUUCUGGAGAACAUAAGCCAGGAGCAGGACGAGAAGGUGGCGGUGCUGCAGUCCCUCAUCCAGCAGUACAAAGAGCAGCUGCAGGCCAGCACCAACCUCAUGGACAAGGCAACCCAGAGUAUGGACAAAAGCAACGUCGCCGAGUUCCUCGUCUCCGCCAAGUCGCUCAUCGCCGAAGCCAAGGACACGGCCAAGAACUCUCAGAUACAGAGGCCAGAACCUGGCUUCGAGAAAAUGGACCACUUCACACUCUUCACAGACGACGUAGAGGCCAUGCUCGCUAAAAUGGACUUCGCUAAAGGCGGCAACGACAACGAGGAGGAGGAUGAGGACUUUGAAGAGGCGGUUGAGGAAGACGAGGAGGAGGAGGAGUAGGAGGCUUUGUUUGAGACAAAGACGUUUGGUGAUGUUUGGUGGGAAACUGGUUGGAGAAAGAAAGUGAUUCGAAUUCCCCUGUUGAUGCGUUUUUUUUAAUCGACCGGGAACACAGUCUAGCUGCUUUUAAAAACUGUGACAAGUGUGUGCAAUAUCGGCAAUGUUUUUUACAAAAAAAUGCACCCUUUCCACUUUUCCACUUGACUUUUAUACUUUUUAUAUCAUUAUUAUUACGAAUGUUAACGAAUGUUGAUGAAUGUUGAUGUACUAUUUUUGAUAUCUUCAUCAUGGUGUUCUCUGUAGGUGACAAGGUUUACACUUGAGUCUACUGUAUUAGAUUUGGUUGAGAUGUUUAUGUGAGUAAGUUGAGUCAGAGCAGAAUAGAAUUGCUUGCUGUAGAAUACAGGCGCAAUAGAUUACAUUACAUCUCUCUCUCAAAACGUUUGAAUACUUGAAAUGUUUCUUUAUUACGCACUUGACUCGCUAACUACUGUAAAAUUUUGUUUUCAUUGGAAAAUUCAGUGGGAAUAAAGAGUUUACAACCAAA